UUCGGCUUCACACAUCGAUUCCGUUUUCCCGCAACCUCGCGCGAUAUUCCGCAGCGUUUUUCUUGGGGAAUGGCGACCGAAGCAAAAAGGGCAUGUCGGUGCGGGCUGCCGAAAAUGAAUGAAUCGCAGGCGCCGUGAGCCGAGCGUCGCCGGCGUUUCUCCCAGGCGACUUUUCCUUUUUUCGCGGGACACCUCCACGCAGUCCCUUCGACUUUUGCUCUUUUUCCGACGGCUUUUUGGCGUUCUCUGCACAUCCGUUUGGGGCACUCGACACAGACAUUCUCUCCACCUGCGCGAUGUGCAGCCGAGGCAACCCGCUAGGUCGAGUCCGCGAGGCAAAGCUGAAAUUUUGGUGUGACUCGCGUGUGUCUCCAAACACAACUCUUUUUCUCAGAGAAACAAGCGCAUCGUCGCGCGUCUUCGACUGUAGCAAGGGAAACCUGGGGUAUAUUCGAGUGCAGAAAGCUGGAUGCACCGCGUACACAUGUCGGUGCUCUCGACUGGGCCAAACUCCUCGGCAAAAAGAAUCCUUUCUGCUUUUCUGUUUCGUUUCGCUGCCUCCACAUCUCCAGAAGCACCUCCGUCCUGUGUCUGGCCAGUUUUCUGACGUUCCUUCCUCCCCCGCAGUCGCCGUCACUCGCUCGCGGCACCCUCCCUAGCCCCUUGUUUCCUCUCUGUGGGUUUCUUCCGCGUUUGUCCCGUCUCGCGAGGGCGUUGCUGUGUUCCGCCUCUCCCAGUCCUUCGCGAGUCUUCUUGCUUCCUUACUCGCCUUCUGGCUCCUCACACCCCUCAACGUGUACGCAUCCAAACUGUCGCUUUCGCCGUCUCUCCUCGGUCUUUCUCCUGUCUGUCGUCCUCCUUUUCCUUCCUUACCCUUGCAGUGUCUGUAGCUUCGCCCUGCCCCCACCGGGAAGAUUGCCCGUUCAGUUUCGCUGGUCUCUUAGGAUGUCGAAGGUGAGGCCUCAGAGUCUCCCCCUGAGUUUUUGUGCGUGUAACUUCCUCUGUUCUCCACUUCCGUCGCUCUGUUCGCUCCUGCAUGCACUGCCUCCUAUUCCUGCGCAUGUGCAAUUCCUUCUGAGAGUGCCUUUUCUCUCUGUUAUCCACCAUCGCCUCUGACAAGUUCAUGCCCGAGCGGGAGAAAGGUCUCCUUUCUUUCCCUAUCAUGGCAGGUGCGUUUUCGUCCCCGCCCUUCCCUUCUGUUGGGUUUGACUUUGCUUCCUCAGGCCAGGCGUUGCCUGUGCAUGCGUCUUCCCCGCCUCAGGGGCCGCAUGCAUCUCAGCCGUUUCCUUCUUCGUCCUUCGGCAUGGAGCUCGCGUCCUCUGCUCUACCGGUCUUCUCCUCCUCGCCGGGAGGGCCAGGGGAUGUCUCUUCUUCCUUCCUCCCUGCUCUCGCUUCGACCGGCGGACCCGACCCCGCCAGCCUCCUCGCGAGUUCUUCUCUCGGCUCCGCAGCGGCCGCGCCUGCGUCGCCUGCCUUUUUCUCAGCUGCCGGCUCUGCCCUGCCCGCCGAGACCUCGCUCUUUGCCUCGCAACAGCCUCUCUUCCCCUCUGCUUCCCCCUCGUCGGCUCAGCAGCGCCUGGUCCUCACGCCCCAAGAGGUCGAAACCUACAUGCAUCUGUGGCGCGCGGCCGGAGGCUUCGGACCCGAUGCUUCUGCUCCCGUUCUCGAGGGAUCUGUCGCCGCGGCCUUCCUCGAGAGCUCCGGUCUCGACCGCGCCCUCCUGCACGAAAUCUGGCGCCUGGCGGACGCAAAAAACACUGGAAACCUCGAUGUCGAGAGCUUUGCAUGCGCAUGCAGACUCGUCGCGCAUGCGCAGAACGGCAUGCCCGUGUCCGCGGAGGCGAUCUCUGUCGAACCUGCGGCGCUCCCUCAGUUCGCCAGGGCCUCGCUGCAAACAUCCACGCUUCCCUCCACAGCGAGUGGAGUGAAUCCUGAAGCCGGACCCUUUGCAGGUGUCUCCGACCUGUCUCUCGGGAUCGGGCCCGCCGGCGUUGACGGCGGUGCCGCUCCCGAAAACGCCGCCCUCUUCGGCUCGACGCUUACCGGCUCCGUCUCGAGCCCAACUAGCGGCGACCGUAGUGACGCGCUGUACGUGGGGACUCCUGAGGAGUACAGGCGAUACGCGCAAGUUUUCGCAGACACCGAUGGAAACCACGACGGCUACGUGGAGGGGGGUGAUGCCCGGAACGUUUUUACAUCUUCGCUGCUUCCCGACGCGGACUUGGCCGCCAUCUGGGCCCUCGCCGACGUCGACUGUGACGGCCGCCUCACCCUCCAUGAGUUUCUUCUUGCGAUGACUUUGAUUGGAAAAAGGAAGAAGGGAGGCCUCCCCAUCCCCGCGGCGCUCCCCGCCGCUCUUUUCCAGUCCGUCCAGGCUUUCCAGAGUUCCGGGGGCGCGGGGGCCGAGGGCGGUGCCGGGUCCUUCUUCGGAGACACGGGGACACUUGGCCCCUCGGGCCUCGCGACCGCGCCCGCAGGGGGCCUGGGCGCGGGAUUGGAGCCCACGGCGCCGGCGCUGCUGGACGGGCCCGCGGGAGACGGCGGCGGGUCCUGGAGUUCCUUCGGACUCGAGGGGCAGCCGGGCGGCUUCGACAAAGAAAGCGAGGGCCUCGGGGCCCUGUCUCUGUCUCCGCGCGAACAAGAGACUGUCUCCAAGCGAGAGAAGAAGAAGGCCUCCAGCUCCCGCGGCGGCUCCAGAAGCCGGCAGGCCCGGGACAGCGAGGAGGAACGGGGACAGAAGAAGGCGGAGAGCGGAGACGAGGAGACAUCUUUGUCGUUCGGAGACCGAGUGAGUGCAGCAAAGGAGAAGCGCAGCGAAGGCGAAGGCGGCGCUGGCCGCGGGAAGAAGGAGAAGAAGAAGAGUCGACGGUCAGAAGAGACCCUCUUCGAUCACGGAAAAACCGACUCGGACUCCGAACGCCGCGCCCUCCCGUCCCCCGCGGACCUCCGGGAGGAACGGAGAAAACGCAAAGACGAAGAAACUCUUGAGGCGAAGUGGCUAGCCAGACGGAGGGAACGCGUUUCUUCCAAACGCGCAGCCGCGGGUGCGGGCCUCCCUGAGGAAUCGGAGGAAGAGCGGACUCUCGCGCUUCUUGAAAGCGUCGUCGAGACCGACAAGCGUCUGUCGGACAUUCUCCGCGCGGACGUCGAUGGCGACGCCGAAGAAAUCGAGGAAGUCCGCGAACUCCGCAUUUUGCUCGAGGCAGAGCUGCUCGCAGAGAAGAAGGAGCUCGCGCGCCAAAUCGACCGAAAAAGAGACUUUGCUCUCCAACUCGAAGACGAAAAAGUCAAACUCGAACAACUAAAGGAGGAACGGAAAAAGAUUGAGUUCGAGCGAAUUGGCAUCGAGAGAGAUCUUUCCCACUACGUCGAGGAGCUUCUGUUUCUUCGCGGUCAAGUGGAUGACAUGCAGAGAGACAUCGACGCUCUUCACCAGGCGAAUCAGACGCUCGUCGCCACACAUCGCCAUCAGCAAAUUCAGGCCCAGAAUCUCCACGCCACUCGACUGCAAGCGCAGGAACAGCUGAGGGGCGAACGCGAAGCACUACAAAAAGAAGAACGCGAAAUUGCCGAGUUGAAGGCGCUGUUAAGUCGCAUGCGAAGAGAGAAGAGUGAGGCGCAGUCGAGGAACGCCGUGCUCCACGAACGCCUUCGGCAGGCCGACCAAGAUAAGUCCGUCCAAUUCGCAUCCCUGGACGCUGCGCGCCUCCAAGCUGCCGCUGUGAGAGACGAGCGCAUGCAAAUUCUGCAGCAGAAGCAACAAAUUGUCUCCGACUUGAAUCAGCUGGCGCAGCAAACAGUUCUCGAGCUCCAAAGGCCGUCGGCGCGGACGGCCUUGGCAGGCUCAGCCCCCGUCGAAGGCAGGGCCGCGCCUGUGAGGCGCGAUGCGAAGGGCGUCCCUGCAGGAGCAGGCCCCGCAAAUGCCAAUCUCGUUCUCUCCAGUUCUCGUCCUAUCGAGUCGUCCAGUCCGUCGCACUGGACUUUGUUUUCGUCAGUCCCGGCGCGUCCUGCGUCGACCUUUCCCUCGUCUGGCCGACCUCUCGCGUUGCCUCUGCAGGGCGUGAGAGGCCCCGAGGCCGAACGUCGAGGCAUGUCUUCUUUCUCGGAGUACAAACUCAGAGAGGCGACAGAGAGCGGCCGGCUGCCUCACGUCGCGCCGUUCUCUGCGGCGCAUGCAGUUGCUUCUGAUGGUUCUGCGCCGAACGCCGCCGGUCUCGACGCUUACGGAGAGGCGCCUUUCUAUGGAGUUCUCAAGCCCAGGAGUCUGCAUGCAGGCGGUCGUCGCGAAGCCAGCGCCGUGGCGAGAGACCUAGAAACUCGAGGAGUGGAGGGGAUCCUCGGCAUUGAAAGUGUGAAGUCCGACGGAGACAGAAACUAUUCUCGACAUACUAGCGGCGAGUUGGACCGUAGGCGCCAUACCGAUCUUCACUGGUCCUCUGUGGGUCACUCGAGAGCAGGGGCAGGCGUCUCGCGUCGAGGUCUCAGCGAAGCAGGGGCGCACGACGAAAGAGGCCAUAGUCCAGGAUCUUUCGGGAGUGAAGGCGGAUCGCAUUCAGGAGCGUUUCUUUCCUACGAAGGAAGUCGCAUGGAAGAAGAGCGAACAGGAAGUGGACACGACCGAAGUGUAGAGUCCUCAGGCAGUCCUGACCGUUCAGAGAAGAAGGCGGAAAAGAGAAGCGACGAAAAGAAAACGCGCGGAUCGUCUUCGGGGCGUCAUGGCAAAUCGAAGAAAAAGCAUGAAGAAUCGCGUCAGAGAAAUUCCGUCGACGACGGAAGUUUCGGGGCCGACUUCCGAUCUUCUUCAGAUGAGAAGAGAGAAUACCAGAGACAAGACGAAAGAGGGAAAAAGGAAUUCGGAAACGAAAGCUUCGGUGGCGACGAUCCUAUUCUUUCGGGUCUCGACACCCCAUCCUUCGGGGCGCGGCCCGUCGCGGGUUUACGCGGUCUUGCUGCAGCUUCUCUCUGAGACAUGGAGAAAAGAAAUCCCAAUUUCUGACGGCAGACAAGGCUCUGGAGGAGCAGCCUUUGCAGCGGGAAGGCUGGCGUGUAUAGUGGGGAGCAGCGUUUGUGAGAGAAGACGAAAACAGUGUUCUGAAGGCAAUGGCAUUUGUGCGUAGAGAGUGGACGCUGUCAGCCGAGUGCAGCAAGCAUGUCGCAGGCGAGAGCCUUUUUUUCGUUCGAUGUAGACGAAAACGCGGAAGAGAGGAGACAGUGUGCUUCCGUCCGAAAGGAGAGAAGCGUGAAGAGGAUCGAAGGCGAGGCUGUCCACAAGGACUUUGGUCGCAUCGUCUGCCGCGGCUUCUUUCCUCCCUCUGUUUGUGUCUGGAAAAUAGGAUUUGUCUGUUCCUAAAAGUGCAAGCUGGAGGCAGAUGUUUUCGUCGUGACGCAAGAAGUCUUUUACACUCCCGGGAUUCUCUCAAAAAGAACCUUUUCAUGAGGUUUUCCGUAGGUCUCAAGGCGACGAGACGGCAGUCCGCCUGUAUUUAAAUGAAUCGAUAAACGUGACUGGAAGCGAUUCUUUCGCUGCCAAUAACCGGAAUCUGG